AUGGAUCUCAGAGAUGGUCAAACUCAACCAAUUUUGGAUCCUAACCAACCAACUCAUGUGUAUCAUCUAGCUUUGGAUAUUGGAGGAUCUCUUGCCAAGAUAGUAUACUUCACAAAAGAUGACGAUCGUUUGGUUGAUGUUGAGGAGGGGUUAUCUCAUAGAAAGGCUUUGGAGAAAUCCAACGGCAGUAAGCAAUAUCCUGUUCUUAAUGGGAGGCUCAAUUUUAAGAAGUUUGAAACAAGCAAGAUAAAUGAUUGCUUAGACUUUAUCAAGUCCAUGAAACUUCAUAUUGGAGGUAGGCAGCCACAAGAAAAUCCUGGAAGUCAGCCAAUAGUUAAGGCCACAGGUGGUGGUGCAUACAAAUAUGCAGACCUCUUCAAGGAAAGACUAGGAAUCAUUCUUGACAAGGAAGAUGAAAUGGAUUGUCUUGUUGCAGGAGCAAAUUUUCUUCUCGAGGUGGUCCACCAGGAAGCAUUUACCUAUAUGGGUGAUCAAAAGCAAUUUGUGCAGAUUGACAAGAAUGAUCUAUAUCCCUAUCUUCUUGUUAAUAUUGGGUCUGGUGUUGGUAUGAUUAAGGUGGAAGGAGAGGGGAAAUUUGAGCGAGUUAGUGGAACAAGUAUAGGUGGAGGCACUUUCUGGGGUUUAGGCAAGCUUUUAACCAAGUGCAAGAGUUUUGAUGAGCUUCUGGAAUUAAGUUAUCGGGGGAACAACAGAGCGGUAGAUAUGCUUGUAGGAGAUAUUUAUGGUGGAAUGGACUAUGCAAAGAUAGGUCUUUCAUCCACUGCAAUCGCAUCUAGUUUUGGAAAGGCAAUUUCUGAUAAUAAGGAGCGUGAAGAUUACAAACCUGAAGAUAUUGCUCGAUCCCUUCUAAGAAUGAUCUCAAAUAAUAUUGGACAGAUAUCUUACUUAAAUGCCCUUCGCUUUGGGCUGAAGAGGAUUUUUUUUGGUGGAUUUUUUAUUCGGAAGCAUCCUUUUACUAUGGACACAUUAUCUGUUGCUGUUAAUUUCUGGUCUAAAGGAGAGGCUCAGGCCAUGUUUUUGCGGCAUGAAGGGUUUUUAGGUGCUGUAGGUUCCUUCAUGAGUUCUGAUAAACAUGGUCUCAAGGAAUUAUUGGCCAAUCAAGUGGCGCAAAGAAGUCCCAGAAAGUUAUCCUUUGCCGUGGAUAAAAUAUUGCAUAGUCUACCAGACGGAGAGUUUAAUGGAGAUGAAAGUAUAGAGUGCAGUGUAUAUGCAGCUUAG